AUGGGGCUAUCGGAGCGGUUGCUUUAUAUCGCUUUAUUAUGCCUUCAUAGGAGUAUUUUAACUAGUGCACAGGCCGAUCUGAAUGCUCUGAAUGCGCAAGCCGCACAACAAGUAGCUCCGCCGCAGAAGAUAUUGUCAGCACAGGGACGUGAACAGAAUAUCACACCGCAGCCUGUGCAGCAGCAACAACUGUAA